AUGGCCUCCAAGAAGGAGACUGUGGGGGUCCAGACUUGUCGGGGGCCCAGAGCAGGAGAUGUUCUCUUAAAGGAAGUUUCCAAUUUGGCCCAGAAUCUUUACACAAUGUCCCAUCUUAAAUCUACCUGUAUAUUACGUCUGGUGACAGAAGCUGCCAAGACCUUACUGGACUCUGGGGAGACGUUACCUCCUGCGCUGGUGGCCAAGCUGCUCAAGUUCCAGUUCCUGAACAUCAAACAGAAGGAUCUGCAGAGGAGGGAGGCCGAGAAGAAGCUGCCAGAAGACAAACUGAAACAGAAGGCCACAAAGAGUCCUAAAGCUAAACCUUCCAGUGCAAAGGGUCCUGCAAAAGGAAAAGGGAAAAAAGUUCCAGAUGCGCCACCUCCUAUAAAGAAAGACACCGAUCUCAAACGCAGAGGGGAAGAAGAAGACACCAACAUGUAUAUAGAUGAUGAGCCUGAUGACGGUGCUCAGCACUACAUCAUCGUUCUUGGAGUGUAUCACCCGCAGAUCGUUGCGCUCUUGGCUGAUCUCGGCGUCCGUGUGUCCAGUGUCAUCAGGAUCUCGUCUCAGAUAUAUGGCGGUACGCCGGCUGAUCAGGUGGAGCCCGGCUGCGCUCCAGACGUUCUAGAAGCCGAGAAGCAGAGGAAAGAAACGCUCAGGAAAUCUCUGGAUACAUUCUGGAAAUACCUGGAACCCAUCCUGGACUCCGGGAAGGCGGGAUCACCCCUCAGCCAGGUGGCCAGACUGCAGUACCCGGUGAAAGAAGGCGGCCAACCCGGUGACUGGAGUAACGUGGAGGUGCAGCUGGCGUAUGCCACCGAUGUGUUUGAGAACGUCGCCUGCCUCAUGUACGACUGUCUGGAUUGGCGCAGACAGCACCAGCAUUACCUCCGCAGUAUGGAGGUCCUCCACGUCCCAGAAGCCAAGCAGCAGACCCCAGAGAGGCUCCCACCAUCUCCAGAGACCUCAGCUGCACUCCUGCCAUCAACUCCAAUGGGCAGAAAGAAAGGCCAAGGGGACGAGAUGCAUCCGACGUUCUCACUGCCGCCACCAACCCCCCCAAUCGGGCAGAUGGAGACCCCAGCGGCGGUGGACGUGGACACCAGGUUGUACAGUGAGCUCCUGCGUGACCUCCCUGAAGAGCUGCUCUCGGUCCCUGUCAUACUGCACUGCAUGCUGGAGCAGGUUGCUGCAACUGAGAAGGGUCUGUUACCUCCAAGUGAGAUGGCGGCGGACCCCCGAGCAGACGGCCUGGACCCCGACAUCGCCGAGCACCUGGUGUCGGUCGUGGACUCUCUGUCUCUCUCUCAGAAAGAAAGGAAGAACCUGCAUAAGAUCUUCCUGGUGAAUGACAAAAGAGACAACAGUGCGGGCCCCCAGGGACCCCGUCUGAUCAGUCACCGCGACAAGAUCCGGGAGAGGAGUCACCAGGUGCAGGUACAAGGCAGUGACGGCAAGUGUGAACAGGGUCCUGCCAUCAGUCCAGUCGGUAUAGAGGAGCUGAUGCUGGAGAAGCUUCCCGUCGUCCAGCGUCUCGGUUUUCACCAGUUGCCUCCUGAACUCAACUCCCGGAGACUGGCCCAGAUACACGAGCUCAUGCACUACUGCAACACUGAUUUCCGGUCAUGGGGAGAAAUCACCCGGGCGUUUAAGCUGCUGACCCUGGAGAGCCUGGCCCUCAGUGGGUUUGAUGAGUUCGGAGAGUUGGAGGGUGCGGGGGCGAUGCUGGACGGACGCCUCCCCUGGGACAAUCCGGCCGCGUUCGCACGAGAAAUGAUUCAGGUUUCCAGUGUGAGGAAGAUGUAUGCGAAGAAAGCGGCGGAAGGUUCCGGGGGAGUACACAGCCUGGACGAGGAGGCGAGAGAGGAUGUCGGGGGGAAGGAGACGCCCAGGGCCGACCACAGAGACAUUCAGAAGACACAGAGACGAUCCCUGAGCGACUGGUGUUAUUCUGAGCACCACGAGCCGGCGGUUCUCCUACAGGUCUUACAUGAAGCUCUGGAGGCGUUCCGCUGCAUGGAUUCAUACUAUCACACCCAGGACAACUCUCUGCUCCUCGUCCUGCACAAUCCCAUGGACGCCUUCCAGAGCAAGGAGUCUUGGGACAUGGCUCUUCACUCCAACGUCAGCUUCAGAAACUACCUAGAGCUCGUGGCAGGUUCAAUUUCUCACUGGAUUCAGGAGGAAGAGUCAAAAUAUCAGGAGGAAAAAGCUGAACGAGAACUGGAAGCUCUGAAACGAGCGCAGGCCUCCAGAGACCAUGACUCUGCCCCCAGAGACACCUCCCCCAAUAAGAAGAAGACCCGCAAAUCCGUCUCCCCAAAAAAAUCUAAAAGUCCCAAGGGCAGUGGAUCCCGACCAGGAAGCCGAACAGAAGAAGCCGUCCCGGAACCAAAUCAGAACCAAUUCAUUCGUGAGGGCUCCAUGAAGGCCUGGAAAGAAGAACAGGAUCGUCUGAAGGAAGAAGAACGCCUUAAACAGGAGAAGAAAAAUGCAAAGAACAAUAAGUCUGGAAGUAAGAAGAGGGGAGGAAGCAAAGAGAGACCAAACUCAGAACGUAAACGAUCCCCCACUGCUCAUAAGAAGAACCUCAAGAACGAUGGACCUAAAGAUCCCGAGUCUGAGCCAACUCCUCCAGAUGUUCCAGAGGAACCUUCUAAGAAAGCUUUCAAAUUCAUAGGUUAUGACAUGGGAGACAAUUUGAUCCAGGUCUCGGGGGGCUGUCGCUACCUCUUCCCGACAGAUGGCGGACAGAUUCAGGUGGAACACAUGCAUUUCGAGAAAGGUUCCACUUACAUAAAAGUGAAGAUACUAAAGGACGGACAUCGAUUCCUGGUGCAUAUUGUUAAUCCAAGGAAGAUGCCACUUGGUGGACAGGACGACUUCACCGAGGUGGACCGAGGGCAGCGUGAUGGAGAAACGGCCUCCAAAAACCGAAGCAUCAGCGAGUUUGGGUCAUUUUCGGCCACUCUGCACAGUGGAAUACAGUUGUCUCUGAGUCGUUACGGCUCCUCCGGCCAUGGGCCAGAGGAGAAAGACCCAGAACUGGAGGCCAUGUUGGCGAUCCCGUCCAUCCACACCCCCAGCAUCAUCCCUGCACUGCAACCUCAGCCUCCCCCGUCACCGCCUGGAAAAGGGCGCAAGUCCCCCCGAGGAAAAUCCCCCCGAGCUGCCCGAGUGAAGACGCCUCAGGCCCCAGCAGUGGAGGAGGCCCCCAGGACACCAGAGGUCAAGGUUGAACCAGUUACUCCACCAGUAACUACAGCCACAAAACCAGUGCAAGUCCCUGCAUUUCCAGCCCUGAAUGUCUCCUGCCCAAACGGUCUUCUUCUGACGUUCACAAAGGACGACACAACAGAGCGCUGUAAUAACGGUCAGAUCAGUGAGAGAUUGCUCAUCCGACAAACUUACCCCGUGAGAGUGAGGAACCUCCAGCUCUACAAGCCCAGUCUGACGGCGCAGAGCCCGGAGACGUCUCGAGUCAUCACAGCGGAGGGAUCGGUCAUCAGGUUCCUGCUGGACGGGUCCACACAGAUCCUCCUGCCUGAUGGAACCGUGAUCCAGAGCCCCGAUUCUGGUCCAGUCGUGGAGUCACCCACUAUACCAUUACCAGUGGAAGCAACCGAGACCCCCAGCAACAACUCUCAACCAGCGCCACCUCUCAUAGGUCCAGAGGACCCCAAAGAGUCCGGUCCUGAGAUCAGGAAAGGGAAAGCUGGACAUAAAGCAGUCUCUCCACCAGACAAGGCCGAGGCGGCCGACCUUCCUCCUCCGGACUCUAUACUGGCCCCCCCUGUGGUAAAACCAGGCACAUGGAUCACAACCACCCCAUCCGGAGAACGGAUCGGAACCCAAGGGUCUCAGAGACUGGAUCUGAAGCCUCUGCUGAUCUCCAAAGCCACUGACCCCGUGACCAAAGCGGUGAUGACCACUAGAGAAGAUCAGGUGGUGACGGUCACGCAGACGGAUGGGACGGUGAUCACAGAACACGCAGACGGCACCAGGAUCACCACCUUCUACCAAGACGUGGACAUUCCGCUUCCCGGAGAUCAUGAGGAGACGGGGGAAAUCCCUCAGAGUAUCACAAAAAAAGUGAAGUUUAUCCGUGUAGAGAGGUCGGACUUUGCCACCGCCAUUCUGAACUGCGAAGAGAUGACGUGUUAUGCUAAGUGCGGUGACGGCACAGAGGUUCUGGCCAGACCACAAGGGUCAUAUAAGGUGUUCCCACCAAACUCCGGCUGUCUCUCCAUCAAUCACGAAGGGCGAGCCGUCUAUUCACCAAGGACAGGUUCCAUACAACAGGCCCCCACAAGGCAAGAGGAUCUGCCCCCCGCAACUUACGUCAUGUCUCACACCCAAAAUGUCAUCUCUGAGGUCCUGGAUCCUGAGGGCAAUCUCUUUCAGGUGAUGUUGGAUGGGAGCACGUCCGUGGUCAUUGCCGGUGGGGACACUUGUGAAGAAGAAGAGUCGGAGGAGAAAGACCUGGCUUUAUGGCAGCCUCCAGAGGUCUACGACUUACAUGCCCCCCGGUUUUUCAUGGUCAACGCCGAUGGCUCGGGCAGCGAACUUCUGCGAAAUCGAGAAGUGGAGGAUUUCCUGGCCGCCUGCUACUGCGAUCCGACUAUAGCGGUUAUACGUGAACCGACCCAGGAGGCCCCAGGUGUCCAGAGCAUCACCGUCCUGCAGCCGGUCCCUGACACCUCCCCGUGGACCAUGGAGAAACAUCUAAAGAAUAUUGUGCCCCCCAAUCUCCUCUCCAGGAACUGGGCCACCUUCCCUUCCAUAGAGAGGAAAGCACCAGGACCCCCUCUGGGCAUCGGCAUUUGGAAAGGUCUCAGUAUUGGGACAGAAAGACCCGCGAAGCCUCGGCCCCCAGUCCUGAAAUGCCCCAAUGUGCUGAGGGUUCGUCAGCUCCAUCUCUAUGAACCGGUCGGUCAGGAGAGGAGGGAAAAGAUGGAAGCGUCACUUAAGGGAUACAUCGACAAGGUUAUACAGAAGGAGGAGGAGAAGCGAGAACUGAACACCAAAGAUCCCAGGACGGCGGAGGAGAAGGAAGACGCAGCUGAUCUUCUGCAGCUGGUGCUGUCUCUGACCGACACCCAGGAACCUCCCCCAACCUCCCCCCUGGACCGGAUACAAGCCGACAUCGCCAGUUUGUAUGAGACUGCCGUCUCCGUGCCGCCACCGCCUCCCCCACCCAUGGCCGGACCGCAGCGAAGCGUCCAAGACUGGGACCAGCUCAGACAGGAGAUCCAGGAGCAGAAGGAGCAGCUGGCGGCCAUCAGGGGCCACAACGUACCCCCAUAUUUCCAGUCCGAGCUUGGCUUAGGAUUCCUGCAGAAACAGGCUCCAGAUUUGGAUCUUCUCUCUCAGCAGCUGCCACCGUUCUCUAGACCCCCAGAGGAGGAUGAUGAGGGGACAGACGAAGAGCUGACGGUCAGCAUUGAGGAUCAGGAGUCAGGCUGCAGUGUAGACAGCGACACGACGCCCGCUCACUCCGCCGUCUCUGGAGGGUCACCGCCGCGCUCAGUGGAGGAGGACCUUCCGAAGACGCACGUGGCCCCAGCUCGGAGGUAUCAGCCGCUGAGUCACAGCCUGGACGUAGACGUCACUGGACAGCCCCGGAGAGACAGGGUGAAGCUGCCCACAUGCAUCCUCAGCGGGAAGCCGGCCAGUGUGCCCAACACCAAGUUCCCUGCGGUGGAAGAUCCCAUGAGAUGCGGCAUGAGGCCGGCGCCCAUCUCCGCUCCAGCCCAUGGCAGAGGGAAGCACAUGCCCCGCGGAUUCCACCUGACCCCCUCCGUGGUGCAGUUCGGGGUCCUCAGAGAAGGCUACACGUACUCCACCAGCGUCACCAUGAAGAACAUCGGAGUGGACUUCUGCAGGUUCCGUGUGAAGCAGCCGCCGCCCGGCACCGGUCUGAGGGUCACCUACACCCCCGGCCCGGUGGCCGCAGGGAUGCAGACCCGGCUGGACGUGGAGCUCUUUGCAAUGGCCGUGGGCUUGGAGGGGCCGGAGGGGGCUGCCGACUGUUCCCACUGCAUCGAGGUCCAGAACGAGGUGGAGACGCUGUACCUCCCCGUGACUGCAACCAUCCUAACAGAGGACGUUUAUGAGAGUGGGACGCCCCACAGACUGGGGCCUGGGGUCAGACUGGUCAGCACAUCCCUCCACUCCAGACUGGAGCUCCUGAGACCUCGGAGGGCCACAGACGCAGACCUCAGACGGCUGAUUAGCUCCUGAAAUCUAUUUUCUUAAUGUAAUAAGUCAAAAUAAAAUUUCUAAAUUAUUA